GUCAGAACAAUAACAACAUGAGGAGAGCCUGACAGGAAGGGAUUUGCCAGAAUGGUGCGGGUUUUUUUCUUGCUUUUAGCGGUAUUGUUUGUCCUUGUAGCAGUAAGUCUCCAGAGUUCAUGCGGAGGAGAUGAGGAGCCCGCCUCCCCGGAGGGAGCAGCGGGCUGCGGCUGCGAUAAACUGCGGAGAGCCGCACCUGGUGCUGAGGACCCGGAAGAGGAGAAGGAGGAGCAGAGAGCAUCCAGAGAACCCGCUGUGAAAUAUACAGCAGCGGCUAACGAGGGGAUAUCUGAGAUGGUUUUCAUACCUGGAGGAGAGUUUUUGAUGGGAACAGACAGCCCAGGUAUCCCUCAGGAUGGUGAGGGCCCACAGAGACCGGUGCAUGUUGACUCUUUCUACAUGGACGUGCUGGAAGUAACCAACCAGCAGUUCCAAAGCUUCAUCAGAGCCACAGGUUAUGUCACUGAGGCAGAGAAAUUUGGAGACUCAUUUGUUUUUGAAGGGAUUUUGGGCGAAGCUGUCAAAAGCCAGAUCACACAAGCAGUGGCUGCUGCCCCCUGGUGGCUGCCGGUCAAAGGGGCCAACUGGAAGCACCCUGAGGGCCAAGACUCAAACAUCACAGACAGGCUGGAUCACCCAGUGGUGCAUGUCUCCUGGGCUGACGCUGUCGCCUUCUGUUCUUGGGCCAAUAAGAGACUUCCUACUGAGGCUGAGUGGGAGUACGCCUGCAGGGGCGGCUUGAAAGACAGGCUUUACCCUUGGGGGAAUAAGCUGAACCCGAAAGGACAACACUACGCCAACCUUUGGCAGGGGGAGUUCCCUGUACACAACUCUGGAGAGGACGGAUAUGUUAAAACAUCUCCCGUUAAGUCUUUUCCCGCCAAUGGUUUCGGUCUGUAUGACAUGGUGGGUAAUGUUUGGGAGUGGACCUUAGACUGGUGGACUGUGCACCACACAACAGACCAUCAGACCAAUCCAACUGGUCCUCCUUCAGGCCAAGACAAGGUGAAGAAGGGAGGGUCAUACAUGUGCCACAAGUCUUAUUGCUACAGAUACCGAUGUGCUGCUCGGAGCCAGAACACUCCAGACAGCUCAGCCUCCAACCUGGGAUUUCGCUGCGUUUCUUCAGAAAAGCGAUAACCUGAUCUGCUUGUGUUGAAAAAAAGAUUCUGUUUUUGCUGAAUCCAACUGUGAAUGCUGGAUAAACACAUUAGAAUGAUAUGGCAUGCUUUUUUUUUCCGUUGGUGUCAUUUUUUGAUAUGAAGAUUUUAGAUGAA